AUGCGUGCCGUCGCGCUUGGGCGACGACUCCGCCCUCCUUUCGCCUCAGCUCGCUGCGCAUCAUUGCCAUCCUUGCCCAGCUGGCUUGCCACAGCCGAUCCGGCGGCCCUUCGGGAUUUGUGCGAAUGCCCGACGUGCUGGGACCCUUCCACCCAGCAGCGCAGAGAAGGCCGAUUCCAAGUACCGGGAGCUACAGCGGUGAGCUGCCAGGAAUCCCAAGAAUCCCAGGAAUCCCAGGAAUCGCACCAAGCGCACCCAUCGCACCCAUCGCACCCAUCGCAGGAGCAGGCGAAGAAGCUGACAAUCCAGUGGAGUGAUGGCCACGCUUCCGAGCACCGGCUUCCGCGUCUCAGAGAGAUGCUGUCUCCUCCCUCUGUCACCCGGCGCAUCUGGGAGGCCGCCGACUUCAAGGAAGACGCGUUGCCGACGGUCAGCUUCUCGUCGCUCUUCUCCCGUGAUGGGGUCCGCGCCUGGACUGACUUGGUCUCUUCGCUCGGCUUCGCGCUGGUGCGCGGCGUGCCCACAAAUGCUGAAACCACGGAUGCGGUGGGGCGGCUGAUUGGAGUGAAAGAUCACAGGGAGAUGUUUGGCAUGGAUUGGCAUGUGAAAGUGGAGCCGGGCUCCUCAAACGACUCCGCCUACAGCGGGACGGAGAUUCUGCCACACACGGAUGGCUGCUACAUGGAAAGCCAGCCGCACCUGCAGCUGUUUCAUUGCUGGCAGGCAGACUCAGAAGGCGGGAUCUCGGGGCUUCUGGAUGGCUUUGCAGUGGCUGAAGAGCUGAGGAGGCUGUCUCCGGAGUCAUUUCAGACCCUGGCGACCGAAGAAGUUUCCUACCACUUCCACGACGCGACCUCCGCUCUCUACACGCGACGCCCUGUUCUGAAGACGGACAGCAAGGGGCAGCUGCUCCGAGUGACCUGGAACAACUUGGACAGGGCUUCGCUCCCCAAGAGCCCCGCCUUGCGGCGUGCGUUAUCGGAGUGGGAUGAGACCUUGCACUCAGGGAGCUUAGGGAGCCCGAGGAGCAACUCCGGAAAUGGGAGUUUUGGGGGUUUUGGAGAAGGAAGCCGAUGGGAGGUUCGCUUCAAGCUGCAGACUGGAGACCUCUUGCUCUUCGACAACCGGCGCCUCCUGCACGCUCGUCACGGGGUCUUGGGAGAAGCUUCGCGGCGGCACUUGUACGGCUUCUACAUGCACUGCGACGGCUUGUGGAGCUCGCACCGUUUGCCGAGAAAGCUGGUGUCACGGCCAGGGAGGGUUGCCUUGAACGAGCGUGGAGAAGUUACGGUGCCGACUGCAGCUUCGCAAGCAGGCGGCGCCUCGGAAGGCAUCAUCGACUUUCGCUCAGACACGCUGACUCAGCCUACUGCUGAGAUGAGAGAAGCGAUGUCCAGGGCCCAGGUGGGGGACGACUGCCGCCUUGAAUGCUCCGUGACGCAGGAGGUGGAGGAGCUGGCAGCGAACCUGCUCGGCAGGGAGGCCGGGCUCUGGGUUUGCGGAGGCACGCAAGGCAACCUCCUGGCCAUGGCUGCGCUUUCCCAGGGAGCCCCAAAAGGAGGUCGCCAGGUUCUGUGCGGAAAGGAGAGCCACAUCUUCUGCUCCGAGGCCAAAGGCGCCAGCGUCCUCUUCGGCUUGCCCUUAGAGCCCGUGGACCUAAAAAAGCUCAGUGAGGUCAGUGCUGAGGUCGGCGCUGACACCGCCAUGGGCCACCUGUGUCCUCCUGCACUCAUCGCCGCAGAGAACACCAUCGGGGCUCGGUCCUCAGAUUUCAGAUUCCUCCGAGCUUUGGGUGGACAGGUGGUGGCGCCGGCCGAGAUCUCUCGCCUGGCCUCCCUAGGCCUGCCGCUGCACCUUGACGGUGCCCGGCUCUUCAACGCGGCCGUGGCCCUCAACGUGGACGUGGCGCAGGCGUCGGGAGGGUCGGGAGGUGCCUGCACCGUGCAGCUCUGCCUGUCCAAAGGCUUGGGCUGCCCGGGAGGCUCGGUGUUGGUGGGGCCCAAGCCGGUGAUCCGGCGAGCGCGCGACCUGCGCAAGAUGCUGGGAGGGGCAUCUCGUCAAGGGCACGGCCUGCUGGCUGCCGCCGCCCAAGUGGUGCUCAAAGACAUUGACAAAGUCUACAAGCAGUUGAGAUGGGACCACGAGGCCAUGGCCAGGUUGGUGGAGCGGCUCCAGCAGGUAGGGGCCACUGUGGAGGCCUAUGGGGGCACCAACAUCGGCAUCUUUUCGGUGCCCAACACCACACUCUACCAGCAAGCUUUGUCCGACAUCAGCGAUGCCGGAAUUCGGCUGGACGUUGAUGCGACGUACGCCGCAUCAGACGGGACGAAGCUGGCUUGGCGAAUGGUCACUCAUAGGGACAUCACCAGCGACAUGCUUCGGAAGGCGCUUGAUGUCAUGAGCAAGGCUUUGGCAGGUGCUCGCCAAUGA